GCCUUCCUUAUCCUCCCCAGUCACUGGAGCGAAGCGAGCGUGGGUGUGCGUUGCGCCGUCAUGGCUUGCUCCCUUUCUUCCCUCGUCGCCUCGAAGCCCACGGCGCCCUUGGCCUCCCUGGCCCCCACGUCGAUUCCUCCAUCGGGAACCCAGGCAAUCCCGAAGGGCUUCCACGGCCUAAGGCGGAGCUUACAGCCUCGCCCCGCCCGGAUGAUCUCUGCUCCCAGAACUUCCCAAAGAAGCUUCGUUGUCAAAGCCUCGUCCGAGAGCUACUCGCCGUUAGUCGGGAACAAAGCACCGGAUUUUGAGGCUGAAGCUGUCUUUGAUCAGGAGUUCAUAAAUGUAAAACUCUCUGAUUAUAUUGGGAAGAAGUAUGUAAUUCUGUUUUUCUAUCCACUGGACUUCACAUUUGUUUGUCCCACUGAGAUAACUGCUUUCAGUGACCGCUACUCGGAAUUUGAGAAGUUAAAUACAGAGAUAUUGGGUGUUUCAGUUGACAGUGUGUUCUCCCAUCUUGCAUGGGUUCAAACAGACAGGAAGUCAGGGGGGCUCGGAGAUCUGAACUAUCCGUUGAUAUCUGAUAUCACUAAAUCAAUUUCAAAGUCUUAUGGAGUCUUGAUCCCUGAUCAGGGUAUUGCGUUGCGAGGACUGUUCAUCAUUGACAAGGAAGGUGUGAUUCAGCACUCUACCAUCAAUAACCUCGCCAUCGGUCGUAGUGUUGAUGAAACCAUGAGGACUCUUCAGAUUCUUCAUGCAAAAACUUCAACCCCAGCAUUAUCCAGACAACUCUUCUGUGUCUUGCAGGCAUUGCAAUAUGUCCAAGAGAACCCAGAUGAGGUUUGCCCUGCAGGAUGGAAACCUGGAGAGAAAUCGAUGAAGCCGGAUCCUAAACUCAGCAAGGAAUAUUUUGCGGCUGUUCCAUGAGUACUGAUGUGCCAAGUUUUCUCUAAGAUUCGGGAUGGACUCUACCCUUCAACCUAUUGUGAGUUAACCGGUCGAUAUAUUCUCUGUUCGCACUGAAUAAAAAUGGGGCAGACUUUACCCCUUGUAGCGUAA